CUUUGACGACUAUCACCACUGUGGCUUCGACUUGCACUAGCUAUGAUUCGGCACCUGAGAUGAGGAUCGAAACUGCUUCUGAUUACUUCCGAUACGCAGUGGUCGGAGCGGUAGCAAGCCAAGACGCCAAACAAUGGAGCCAUUCUCCUUCGCGAGCUCUGAGGCUGUCCAUUAUCCUGUCAGGGUCCGGAUAAUCAACUUGGAAGGCGACGAAACCCCUUACCAGUUCUCCACGCUCCUCGAGAAGCCAGAGCUUCGCCACACUGGCUCUAACACCAGCUCCCAUUCGGAUCUCUACGUCACUGUGCAAGUUUGGGCAGGCUCGAAGCCCCUUACUGUCCCUGUCCAAACAGCAUAUAAAGCUUUUAGGACAGAACGAAAAUGGAAUGAAUGGCUGACUCUGCCGAUAAACUACUCCAAUCUGCCAAUCAACUCAUGCCUUGCCCUCACGAUAUGGGAUUUGUCUCCCACUGGGGGCAGCAAUGCCCAAGGACAUGCCAUUCCCUUCGGUGGCACCACGAUCCCGUUGUUUGAUAAGGAUAAUCAGAUUCACAAGGGCCGCCAAAAAUGCCACGUCUACAGACACAAGCUUGCCGACGGCAACGACAACACAACUACCUCGGCAGUCGAAGGGAGAAGAAGGCUGGGAAGAAAAGGCGAGGCUAUCGUCGUCGAUAAGGACGCUGAAGAGAUGGACAGAAUGGAAAUACUUUUUAAGAAGCACGAAAUGGGUGAGAUAGCCAAGGUAGACUGGCUGGAUCAGCUCGUCUUCCGUGGCUUCGAGAAGCGUAACUUGCAGGUUGCGAAAGCGUCCGUCAAGGACUUGGAGCGACAGCGUGCACACAAAAGCAUCACCAAGGACAGCGGCGGAGAGAACGUGCAAGACACAGUCCAGGAUGGAGACCCCAGUCCUGGUCCCUCCAAGUUCACGCUCAACGUGGAGCUCCCCCGUUUCGACUUCCCAGUCGUCUUUGCCGAUCACGAGUACGCCCCGCCACCAAUAUCCUCGCUACAACAUCUCUCGGCCUCACAGUCUAAUAUUCAGCUGAAACCGCCACCAGAAGUCAUGUAUGGGCCCGGUAUCGACGGAAUCGGUGUAUCAGAUGGCGUGGGGAGUCGAUUGGUCCGCGUCUACGACCCAGAGGUCGGGCAGAGAGAUAAUCCAGCUGAGAGCAAGCACAGGCGGCUCGUCCGAAGCCAGCAUAGACACGGGAUAUUGGACAAGGACCUCAAACCGAAUGCGAAGACGCGAGACGAACUCAAUAACAUCAUGGAGUACUCUCCAACUCAACAACUAUCCCCCGAGGAGAAGGACCUCAUAUGGAAAUUCCGGUACCACCUGAAUCGGGACAAGAGAGCACUUACUAAAUUUGUCAAGUCGGUCAACUGGCAGGACCAAAGCGAAGCGAAGCAAGCUGUGCAAGUCCUCGGAAGAUGGACAGACAUUGAUGUUGACGAUGCUCUGGAAUUACUAGGACCGACGUUUGACAAUGCUACUGUUCGGGCCUACGCCGUCCGGCGACUACACAAGGCGGACGAUGAUGAGCUCCUGCUUUACCUUCUUCAGCUCUGCCAGGCUCUCAAAUUCGAGCAUAUUUCUCCCGAGUCUGGUCAAGAAGUCACGCAGGACUCAUCGUUGGCGAAGUUUCUGAUUUCCCGAGCAGUCAAUAAUUUUGUGCUCGGGAAUUACUUCUACUGGUACCUGAUGGUAGAAUGCGACGACGUGAGCGACGACCAAGCACCUGAGGUCCGAAAGAUGUUCCAGAAGGUGGCUUUUGACUUCAUGACUGAACUCGAAAAGCGCGCGGACGGCAAAGAGACCAGGAAGCUGCUUUUGCGGCAAGCUGAGUGGAUUGCGAUCCUGUCCAGGAUUUCCAUUGAGAUCAAGGAGUCAAAUGAGACGAUACCUCGAAGAACUGACCGGGUCAAGCACUUCUUGGCUGACCCCAAGAACGAGCUCAUCACUAUAGACCCGCCCUUGCCACUGCCGCUUGAUCCGUCUGUAAAGAUCGUCGGCGUGGCGCCUCAGGAGACAGUCGUUUUCAAAUCAUCGCUUCACCCUAUCAAAGUGGCCUUCAAGACCACGACGGGACAGAAUUACCCCAUCAUCUUCAAAACAGGUGACGACUUGCGGCAGGAUCAGCUGGUUAUCCAGAUCAUCACCCUGAUGGACCAGCUUCUACAGAAAGAAAACUUGGACCUGAAGCUUACGCCAUACAAGAUCCUUGCUACCAGCACGAGCGCGGGUCUGUCCCAGUUCGUCCCCUCGAUACCCUUCCAGAAUAUCGUGACCAAGUACAAGAACGCCCCGGUCCUUGCCUACCUCAAACAGAACAACCCCGACGACAAGGCACCCCUCGGCCUGCGCAAAGAAACCCUAGACACGUUCGUGAGAUCAUGCGCGGGCUACUGCGUCAUCACGUACAUCCUGGGAGUCGGCGACCGACAUCUGGACAACCUCCUCCUGGCCCCCGAUGGGCACUUUUUCCAUGCCGAUUUCGGUUUCAUCUUGGGCCGCGACCCCAAGCCCUUUGCGCCGGCCAUGAAGAUCUCCAAGGAGAUGGUCGAAGCCAUGGGAGGCACCAGCAGUGAACACUACCGCCAGUUCACUCAAUACUGUUACCUGGCCUACGCCGCGUUGCGGAAGUCAAGCAACCUUAUUCUCAACCUGUUCAGCCUGAUGGUCGACGCGAACAUCCCGGACAUAAAGCUCGAGCCGGACAAAGCGGUAGUCAAGGUCAAGGAGAGGCUACAGCUCGAGCUUAACGAGGAGAACGCCCUCCGGCAUCUGGCAAGGGUGAUCGAUGAUAACCUGUACGCGUAUGCACCAGUGAUGAUCGACCGUUUGCAUGCGAUGACACAGGCAUUCCGAGCCUGAGGCGGGCGUCCCAACCUGUCGGUGGGCCGCCAGUGUCUCAGGCAGUUGUUGGUGUAAUGAACUCGGGCCCUCACCGAUCGAGGUAUGGGGGUCAUUAUACUACUUCUAUGUACAAUUUAACCUGCGUUGAUACCCUAUUGGACGAGAAUAAAGUGCAGCCUCUUCGGCUUUC